AUGGCUGAUACUGAUGACAACAGCAAAAGUAACUCACAGCACCUCCAAGUACCUGCAACCCAAGGUAACGACCGAUCUUUAUCUCCCUCUGGAGCUUCCCAAACCUCCUGUUCGGGAUCUGGGUCCGGAGGUACUUUACCAACAAAUCCCACAAGUGGUAACAACUCUUCAACUCGAUUGCCACCACCUUCAAGGGCACAACCGCGAAACCUCAAUGUAGGUUACAACGUGAUCAUGCAUCAGCGCGAAAGGGACAUGAGGCAGGGUACUACCCCGGCGGAGACAUCUAUAUUCAACGAUUUAGUUUCGGCUUUUGUGGUAGGUUGUUGUGGAUGUUGCGAUGGGAAUUGCAUACAUCGUUUACGAGUACCAUGGAGAUCAUCUUCGGGAUCGGGAGAUCAGAGUAAAGCAACCGGGACGUCAAUCACGCUUACACCCUCGGUGGAUUCGGGGUCGAACGUAGUUGAUAGGAGUGCUGAUCAACCGAAACCUCAUAGUCCGAGGAUGGAAUAUGGUAACUCUUCAGAUGGGCACUGA